AUGUCUACGACAGGCGUCCUCAAGAGCAUGUUUGCCGAGAAGGGCUUCGGCUUCGUGACCCCGGACGACGGCUCCGAUGACUGCUUUGUGCACGUCAAGGACAAUCCGGAGCUCGACGGGAUCGAUUCAGGAGGAGACGCAGUGACGUUCGACAAGGAGUGGGACGAUCGCAAGGGCAAGUACAAGGGCGUCAACUGCAGGGCGCUCCGGGCACCGUUCGACGGGGCCCCAGCGGCCGAGGGCACGACGCAGAAGUGCCCGCCCUGGAGUGCGAAGGACACGCAGGCCUCGCUGGCGUCCGUGCAGUCCAGCUGCAUGCAGAUGGCCACGGACCACGACGCGAGCGUCGCGGGACGCGCCGGGGAGCUGAAGACCAUCGCUGAGGCCAAGAAGUUGCUGCAGGAGACCAGCUCCGGCGCGGUGGAGGAGACCUACAGCUUCCUGCAGCGCAAGUCCGGCUCUGCGCUGAAGACGAGCGCGGACCUCAAGAAUGCGGAGGUGGUGCGCUUCGUCCGCAGGCUGGCCAAG